AGAUAAACAAAAUCAACCUAAGCAAGCCGCUCUUGUUAGCUUCUCCAUGGACGAAUCCGCCAACAAAGGGAUGAAACGGAAGAGGAUCUCAAAAGAGAGGGGGAUGAAAUUGAAGGGGUGUGAUGCAGCCAUUCAAAACCCAAAAGCCCGUGACAUUGGGAGGAUAUCCGUAACGGGAUUUGACAGUGGGCUUCCUCACGAGGAUGUGGAGAGUGCGUUGAGAAAACACUUCGCUUCAUGUGGAAACAUCACUGAUGUUUAUAUUGGAAAACAUGAGUGUGCUGCUUUUGUUUAUCUUGUGGGGGAGGACGCAGUAGACAAGGCGUUGAAACUUAGUGGACGUGACGUGGGAGGAUGGAAUGUCUGUGUCGAGGCUUAUCCGUUUUCGGACCACAUGACGACCACGAUGAUUGUUCAGGGAUAUGACAUAAGUGAUACUGAGAUACAGGUCGCCGCGAGGGAACUUUUCUCUUCAUGUGUUGAGGUCGCUGAAGUCUUUGUCAUCAAGAAGGGAUGCUCUGCCGUGCGUGUUAAGGGAUUUGACGCAAUAGAGAAGGUUCGGGUUCUUGAUGGGAGCUACAUUGGAGAUCGCAAAGUAUCUGUUCGGCCUAUUACGACACCACCAAGACACACUGUCCAUGAUCGUCGUCGUCGUGUGGGUCGGCCAGGGCCAUCCUCGCCGUGAUUUCAUUCUUGAGGUGAAAUGAGAUGAGUGCGGAGUAGAAAGCUCGAGGAAGCUCCUUGGAAUGCAACCUUUCCUUGUUUUCUAACUUUUGUCUGGAUGCUUAAACUAAAUUCGUACAAUGUUUAUGAUGUUUAUGUCUGGAUGUUUAAACUAAAUUCGUACAAUGCUUAUGAUGUUUAUGCCUGGAUGUUUAAUUAAAGUAUUAUCGAAGACAAGACAGAAGCAUUUUCA